UUAGGCAAUUCCCCGGAAUAGUACAAAAUACAAUAAAGACACGCAUACCUGUCAAUGAGUCAUUAGCCACAAUUGUAUAAAUUCAAUUGGAUAUCUUCCAAACAAGAUGUAAUUAUACCCAAACGGAGAAAAUACCGAGGAUUUUUCUAUUUAUAUUCCCAAAAAAUCCUUGUAAUUUUUUUAUGUUUCUUAUAAAUACACAAAAUCCUCAUCAAGAACACACAGAAAAGGUAGUGCAAUUUUUUUUUAAUCUCUUCGAGGGUAGGAAGAAAAUCCAAUUUCUGAAUUUUGGGAAGAAAUAAUUUCUUUGUUUUUUUUCCAAUUUCCCAACCUUUUAGCAUCACUUUUUCUUCUUCCUUAAAAGUCUGGAAAAGUAUAAAGUUACUUUGAUGGGGACGAUUGAGGAGUCUGCUGAUUGUCUCUUAGGAGAAAGCAUCUCGAAUGGGGUAGUUUAUGAUUCUUCUUCUUAUUCUGCCAAGUGCGAGAAGCUCAUUAUUGAUACUGAUCCUGGAAUUGAUGAUUGCAUGGCCAUCCUUAUGGCCUUUCAAACUCAAGAGGUGGAUAUCAUUGGGUUGACUACAAUAUUUGGUAAUGUGCAGACAGAGAAUGCCACUCGGAAUGCAUUGCUCCUGUGUGAGAUCGCAGAACGUCCUGAUGUUCCCGUUGCAGAAGGCAGUCCUGGACCUCUGAAGGGUGGCAUGCCGCGUGUUGCUGAUUUUGUUCAUGGUACUGAUGGAUUGGGCAACAUAAAUCUAUUACCUCCUAAGGCAAGAAAAAUUGAAAAAAGUGCUGCUCAAUUUCUUGUAGAUAAGGUUUCUGAACACCCGGGGGAAGUAUCUAUACUUGCUUUAGGUCCAUUAACAAACUUAGCUCUGGCAAUCAAGAAGGAUUCAUCCUUUGCUAGCAAAGCGAAAAGAAUUGUGGUUCUUGGGGGCGCUUUUUUUGCUCUUGGAAAUGUGAACCCUGCUGCUGAAGCAAAUAUCUUUGGUGACCCAGAGGCAGCUGAUGUAGUUUUUACUUCAGGGGCAAAUAUUACCGUUGUUGGCAUUAACAUCACAACCCAAGUCAAAUUAACAGACAGUGAUCUUCAUGGACUAAGGGAAUCGAAAGGAAGACAUACUCGACUCCUCACUGAUAUGUGCAAAUUUUACAGAGAUUGGCAUGUGAAAUCAGAUGGUGUAUAUGGUAUUUUCCUUCACGAUCCUGUUAGUUUUGUAGCGGUUGUGAGACCUGAUCUUUUUACAUACAAGAAAGGGGUCGUAAGAGUCGAGACACAGGGCAUCUGUGCUGGAUAUACAUUAAUGGAUCAAGGGCUUAAGAAGUGGAAUUCAGAAAAUCCAUGGACAGGAUACUCCCCUAUUUCAGUGGCGUGGACAGUUAACGUCGAAGAAGUUCUAAUGUAUGUAAAGAGCCAAUUAACGCAAUCUUGAUGAACAUGGGAUGUGUAGAACUGUUAUUUUUACCAGUCUAGACGUAUAUUAACAGAGAGUUUGGGUUGUCUGUCUUGUUAAUAUUGUAACUCUCCUUGUUCAUCCAUAUUUGAAGUCUCGAGGGCUGAUUGAUUUAUGCCCACAAUUGUUUAUUAAAAAAUAUUAUCUUCUUUGGUAAUCA